CUGAGUCUCCGAGUCCAUGUCGGUUUGAUAAAAGUUAAAACUGUUAUACGGUAACAUAUGAUCUGCACCUGGAAAAUGGCGGCAACAGGACGCAAGUGUCUUGGGGACAUCAAUGCUCUUAAAACGUCGGAAGGAAGUAUUAGGAGCUCCUUCUCUCCAUUCACUCACGCUUACUGUGCUCACGGCGGACAACUGUUCCGCCCUCGCUUGAAACACGGUCUCUUGAAGAAGGACUGGAAUGAUUCCAAAUGCCAGCUUCACCCACUGCACAAGCAUCGCAGCCGCUCGAGCAUACGCGCAGGAUGGUUCGCCCCCAAAAGAUCAGUAGUACCUGUGGGCACAGAGAGCUGGGAGAGCAAGAGCGAGGUAGCAACCACCAGCCAGGGCGAGGGGGAUCAGCAGUCGACGGCGCAGCUCAACCUGACAGUCUCAGUAAUAACGGACAUUUCAAAAGUCUCUCCGGAAGACUGGGACGCUUGCGCGCUCGAGGCAGCGGGGGAGGGGGCGCGCAACCCGUUCUUGUCGCACGCGUUCCUCCUGAGUUUGGAGGAAAGCAAGAGCGCAGUCAAGGAGGAAGGCUGGCUGCCGCAGCACGUUGUAGCUAGGGAUGACACUGGGGCCGUGCUGGGAGUGGUGCCUAUGUACCUCAAAGGGCAUUCUCAGGGCGAGUACGUAUUUGACCACUCGUGGGCCAGCGCGCACCACCGCUACGGCGUCCCCUACUACCCCAAGCUCCAGUCGUGCGUCCCCUUCACCCCCGCCACCGGCCCGCGCCUGCUCGUGCGGCACGGGCCGCACUCGGAAGUCGUUUCUGCGGGGCUGUGCCAAGCUAUGGUACAGCUGGCCGAUACGAUGGGCGUCUCUUCCUUGCACUGCACAUUCCCAGUCCAGCGCGACUGGGACACGAUGGGCAAGCAAGGCUUCCUGCGGCGAGUUGGCGUGCAAUACCACUGGCUUAAUAGGGACUACGACAGCUUCGACGCCUUCCUGAUGGACUUCCGGUCGAGCAAGCGCGCGAGCGUGCGCAAGGAGCGCAAGAAAGUGCGCGAGCAGAACGUCAAGCUGCUGCGGCUGCGGGGGGACGACAUCAAGCCGAUCCAUUGGGACGCGUUCUAUCAAUUCUACCGGAACACCACGGAUAUGAAGUGGGGCACCCCGUACCUAACCCGCGACUUUUUCCACCUGCUCGGGGAGCGUAUGGCGGACGACGUGUUGCUCGUGAUGGCCGAAGACGACGGGGAACUGGUCGGGGGAGCGCUGAACCUGAUCGGGGGGGACACGCUCUUCGGUCGCAACUGGGGCUGCGACGGCCGGCGGCACUACCCCAACCUGCACUUCGAAGCCUGCUAUUACCAGGCGAUUGAAGCCGCGAUCGAGAUGAAGCUGAAGCGCGUGGAGGCGGGCGCGCAGGGCGAGCACAAGAUCCAGCGCGGCUACCUGCCGACGCCCACCUUCAGCGCGCACUACAUCCGGGACCCCAACUUCCGACGGGCGGUCUCGGACUUCCUGCGGCGGGAGAUGGCGCAGAUGGCCAUGACCAUGGAAGUUCUGGACGAGCACAGCCCAUUCAACGCGAACGUCGACGUUGCCAAGGGGUCCGCGGCGCUCAUUGACACCAUCCUAGGUACCUAGCCAUUCAUUCACAAUCGAACCUGUACAUAUUGAAGGUGCGCCAGGAAGUUAUUGUACAAUUGCACGGUGCCUUGAUCAGGUUUGAGGACCAAUACGUGGGCGCCGUUACGGUUGCGGGCAGGUUUGCCUAGCUGCUGUAUAGGUCUACGUGUAGGUGGUCCGGGUAACUCCUGUACAAAAUUCAUGCAAGGCCGCCCGCUUUAGAAAGUUCCUCUAUAUAGCUGAUUGUUGUGCUCAAUGCCCAU